AUGGAAGACAGUGAAAUGGCUACACCAGAGGAUACUAUGUUAGAUAGCAAAAAGCCUUUAAAGUUCCAAAAAGCUACAAUAUCGUGUAUUCAAGAAUGUGAAACCAGUGAUGCCGAAAGGCUUUGUAUCUUUGACAUAGGAUAUAAGCUUGAGUAUUCUGAUGAAUAUGAUGUAGCUGGUACAUUUACUAAUAAAAAACCAGAAUUAUGGUUCUACAUAAUGACAGAAAUUUGUCCCUCUGACAAUCUUUUACUCAAUCUUUUUGUAUGCCAUAGAAAUGUUGGAUUUUUCUCUGUUGGUAUUAGUAAAUCAAGUCAACUGAAAACUGAACCUAAACAUGAAGAUUAUGUUUUUCUGCAUGAUGAUUUAAUAUGGAAGUCAUUCAAAUCAUCAAAACCAGACCAGUGCCAUUUCAUAAAAACAUUUAAUUUUUAUAAAACGGACUUAGAAGGUGUUUUUAAUAAUAAGGCAUUAAUAAUUCCAAUUAAGUUAAAAGUUACACCUACUUUUGGACUAAAUAUAACAAUUGUUGAAAAAGUUCAGGCAAAACAUAAUAUAGGAAACAUAAUAAAACAACAGCAGUCAGAUUUUACUCUAGAAUCUGCUAGCCAUAAAAAAUUCCCCACACAUAAAAUAAUGUUAUGUACUCACAGCCCUGUGUUGAGAGAUCUAAUUAAAUCAUCAUCAACUGACUCUAUGUUUUUUGAUAUAAAAGAUGAAAUUAUUGAAUUAUUUUUGGAAUAUAUAUAUUCUGGCAAUAUACAGGAUAUAAACAAAUAUGAGAGUGAGGUAUUAUUGGAGUUGGCGGAAAAAUUCAAAUUAAAUAAUUUAUAUCCGCUUAUAGAGACUACUAUCAGAAAGAAGGUUUGCAUUGAAAAUGCUUUGGAUAUUGCAAAACUGUCACAAAAAUACCAACUUAAAGAGGUGGAGAAAAGUGUUUUUAAAUUUUUCAAGGAAAAUCCAGAGGUGCUAGAAACUGAUGCUUGGAAAAACCUUAAUGAUAUUGUUUUAACUAAGAAAUUGUUUGAACAUAUUUAUUUUGAUAAAUAA